AUGGAUAGCUGGACUGUCGAGCAAGUUGAGAACAUGAGAAAGGUUGGCAACACCACCUCGAACAAGAUUUAUAACCCGCAGAACAAGAAGGCCUCGAUUCCGAUCGAUGUAGAUGAAGUAGACUCCGCAAUGGAAAGGUUCAUCCGUGCCAAGUAUAUCUCGGCGAGCUUCAGCAAUGGUACACAGAAAACCGGCAUCAGCGCUGGCACUUCCCUCGACGAGAAUCCGCCACCCUUGCCGCCCAAGGGCAAGUUUGGUCUUCGAUCCGCCUCUUCGCUCUUCCCGCUAUCGUCCAAGGCAAAGAAACAAAUCGCUACCGAGACUACGUUAUCCCCCAAUCGAGAACUGUCGCGGCGAAGCCCCUCGCCUCGCCUAGUAAAUAAGCCGUCUAAAGUGUUCGGGGCCAGCAUUGAGUACGACACAGGUGAUACCGACUACAAGCUUGGUAGGCUCCGUGACAUGGGCUUCAUGGAUAAUUCCCGGAAUGCCAUGAUUCUCAAGGGUACCAAGCACGUUCACCUCGCCUCCACAAAUCCGUUCGGUCCCCAGAUGAACCAGCUCGAUGCAUUCAGCCAAGCUUUUCAGGGCAUGACUCUUGCAGCCCCCAACAACCUCUGUUCCCCAACCAUACAGGCGGCGUUCCUACCCAUCCCGGGCAACCUUUCGCCUGGUUUCGCCAACAAUCCCUUUACCCGAUCACCCACUCGCAUUCAAUCACCGACCCUGGGCCAAAUCCCUGAGCAGUCUCAAUACGUCACCAGCCCUUCUCAGCAGACCAACAACCCAUUCUACACACAAACGCAAUAUCAGCAAGCGACCCCUCACUCGCAGGCUCAGGGAUACAGCCAGCGGCCGGACAAUGCCUCCAUCCUUGCACUAUUCAAUUACCCGCAGCUUGCCCCGCAACCUGCGCCCCAGCCAGAGCAACCCCAUCCACAGGCUACUGCCGUGAAUGCUGUCCCAGCCAGCGUCUUCAAUCCCCAGCAGCCUCGAAGUGUUUCCACGCCCUUGCCUGGCAAUAAAAAUCCCUUCACCAUGAGCACCGGAAUGACGUCCCCAACCGUGUCGUCCCCGCUCGCAUCCAAGGAUAUCUUUGCCGGAGCCGUCACUCACGGUAGCCGCGACAGCAUCGCUCUCGGCCUAGACAUGGCAAGCUGGUCAAACAGUGGCCGACACAGCCCGGACGCGUUUGCCAGUUUAAGCGCCCGACACGGGUAA